AUGUGCCUUUCAACACCUACUACAACAACAACAGAUACCUCUAAUGGUGCAAAAUGUUCGGAAUCUAGUCAAUGUCCAAAUGCUGCAGCACAAACAACAUGUAACCUUAAACCAAAUACAACAACGCCCACACAAUUAGAUUGUAAUGGUAAUGAAAAAUCGAAUGGCAACAACAGCAACAGCAGUAUUAUUAUUCAUCGCAAGACAGCAUCAGUGGCCAUCACAGAUAAGGACGGAUCAUUGGGCUACGAGGAAGAGAAUGCUGUCUACAAAGAAAUACAAAAAGAAACCAAAGAUACCACACCAGUUGAAGAAGAAUAUAUACCAAAGAUUAGAUGGCCAGAUUUGGGUGCACAAGUAUUUUUACACUCGUCGGCGGUAUAUGGCUUAUAUUUGUUAUUCUCGGCAAAAUUAUAUACAAUUGCAUGGUUAUUUAUAACCAUCUGGAUAUCCGGCAUUGGUAUAACAGCUGGAGCUCAUCGCUUAUGGUCACACAAAUCUUAUAAUGCCUCACUGCCAUUGCGUAUUUUAUUAAUCUUGCUUUUUUCCAUUGCGGGACAGCGCGAUGCCUACACCUGGGCCUUGGAUCAUCGAAUCCAUCAUAAAUUCUCGGAAACUGAAGCCGAUCCCCAUAAUGCUAAGCGUGGCUUUUGGUUUGCCCACGUUGGUUGGUUGUUUUUGACACCACACCCUAAGGUGGCGGAAAAGCGUAAAGUCAUCGAUAUGUCCGAUUUGGAAAAUGACAAAGUGGUUAUGUUCCAACGUAAAUGGUAUAUUCCGCUGUUUGCUGUCUUAUCAAUUGGUAUACCCGUACUGACACCAUGGUAUUUUUGGGGUGAAUCUUUGUGGAAUUCAUUUUGGAUUUGUUUCACAUUGAGAUUUACAUUGACGCUGAAUGCUGCUUUCUUUGUCAAUAGCGUGGCACAUAUGUUCGGAUCGCGACCAUAUGAUAAAAACAUUAGCUCCACCGAAAGUCCUUUUGUAUCCUUUGUUGCUUUGGGCGAGGGAUGGCACAACUAUCAUCAUGUCUUUCCCUGGGACUAUAAAACUGGAGAGUUUGGUAGCUAUCGCCUAAAUAUUACCACAGCCUUUAUUGAUUUCUGUGCCAAGUAUGGCUUGGCAUCUGGACGUAAAUCCGUUUCACCCGAUAUGAUUUUGAGACGUGCUAAAAAAUGCGGUGACGGCAGUCGUUUCCUAACCGAUGAAUUUGCCCACAAAGAUGCAGUAUGGGGCUAUGGGGAUAAAGAUAUACCCAAAGAUGACUUACAAGAAUUAACAAAAAUGAAAUAAUUGUUUUAAAUAUAUGAAACAAAA